UCUUCAAUUCCGGAAAUAUCCUAAUAUAUGGUGCUGCGAUAAGUUCUGCGCUACCGCCUAUGCGAGCGCCCGGCGUUACCCACAUCAAAAAUGGCCGCGCUAUUACUGGCGGAAGUGAUGUCAUGAUAGCGUGUAGCCUCAGACGUGUCCAGUUACAGCAACGAUGGCGUGCGUAUGAUGGUCAUCUGCAUGUUCCGAAAUCUCAUCUGUCCACCUUUACGACUUUCAAUUCGUCAUCAGAUUACGGUGUCCGCUCGGGGAAUGGGGAAAGGCAGGAACCAUCUACCGGACAGGUGGACAGAUUAUAUCCCAGUCGGCAAACGGAUCCCGGGCACUCGUUUUAUCACUUUUAAAGUUCCUUUAAAGAAAGUUUAUGAGAACAAGCUUGCUCCUCAUGAACGCUUUUCACCAGAAGACCUGAUUCAAGCAAUUCAAAACCAGAAUGAAGAACUUGGCCUGAUCGUGGAUUUAACGUGUACUACUCGCUACUACUGGCCGAAGGAGUUACCCAAGACUCUGCACUACGUCAAACUUUUCACUGCUGGGCAAGAAAUACCAAACGAUGAGGUCAUAUUUCAGUUCAAGUGCAUCGUGAAACAGUUUCUAAGAGAGAAUUCAGACAAUGAAAAACUUAUUGGUGUUCAUUGCACGCAUGGAUUGAAUAGGACUGGGUAUUUGGUCUGUAGAUAUCUUAUUGAUGUGGCUGACAUGGUGCCUUCUGAAGCAAUAGAAAAAUUCAACAAAAGCCGAGGACAUUCUAUAGAGCGCAAAAACUAUAUUGAUGACCUGAUGUAUGGAGUGACGAGAACUAAUUCUGGAUUGGAUAAACCCAGGUUACUUCCACCUCUAGCCACACACCAGCCGCAUAUACCACACACGAUGGAUGACGAGACGCAUGCGUGUCAUCCACAUCCCCGUCAGGAUCAUCAUCGUCGUCAUCAUCAUCAUCAUCCAUGGCCUCACAGGUAUUCCUAAAGUAUAUUCAUAAAAAGGCUGC